CUAGACGGGUCCGAAACGCACACUUACGCAGUUCCGCUCCACCCACUCCAUCGUACCACGGCCGUCGUCCCUCCCCGCGCCGGCCGAACCGAUGGCGGCGGCGCCGACGGCGGAAGCCAUGGACGUCGAUGCGCCGGCUAGGCCGCUGACUACCUCCUCGGCGACCAAGUCGCGCUCCCCUCACGACGUCCUCGCCGAGACCCGCGCCUCCAUCGAGAAGGUCGCCGCCCGGAUCCUCGCCAUCAAGAAAGACGGCGCCCCCAAGUCGGAGCUCCGCGAGCUCGUCACUCAGAUGUCGCUGCUCCUCGUCACGCUACGCCAAGUGAACAGGGAGAUCCUGAUGGAGGAGGACAAGGUCAAGGCGGAGACGGAGGCCGCGAAGGCGCCGGUGGACUCCACGACCCUGCAGCUGCAUAACCUGUUGUACGAGAAGAACCACUACGUGAAGGCCAUAAGGGCGUGUCUCGACUUUCAGACGAAGUACCCGGGGAUAGAGCUUGUGCCCGAGGAGGAGUUCCAGCGUUCCGCGCCGGCAGACAUCCUUGAGAAGACCCUCGCUGCCGAUGCCUCCCACGACGUCAUGCUCAAGCGCCUCAACUUUGAGCUCGUCCAGAGGAAAGAGUUAUGCAAGCUGCAUGAGAAAUUAGAACAACAGAAGAGCAGCUUGCUGGAAACAAUUGCUAAUCAGAAAAAGUUCCUUUCAAGCCUUCCAUCACAUUUGAAAUCAUUGAAGAAAGCAUCAUUGCCAGUGCAGCAACAGUUGGGGAUGCAACAUACCAAGAAACUAAAGCAGCACCAUGCUGCUGAGUUACUUCCUACUCCGCUUUAUAUAGCAUACACUCAGUUGCUAGGGCAGAAAGAAGCAUUUGGAGAGAAUAUUGAAGUAGAGAUCUCAGGAAGCACAAAGGAUGCCCAAAUAUUUGCUCAGCAACAAGCCAAGAAGGAAAAUGCAGGCACUCUUUCAAAUGGCGACAGCAGAAUGGAUGAUGAUGUGAUUGAUGAUGAAGAAGAUGCUCAGAGAAGAAGGUCAAGAUCCAAAAAGAAUGUGGUGAAGGAAGCUAAUAAUCCAGCAGUGGCCUAUCAACUUCACCCACUUAAAAUUAUCCUCCAUGUAUAUGAUACUGAAGAUUCUGGUAGCAGACGCCGUAAACUGAUCACCCUGAGGUUUGAGUACUUGGCAAAGUUGAAUGUUGUUUGUGUUGGAAUUGAAGAUUCAGAGGGUCUAGACAAUAAUGUCUUGUGCAACCUAUUUCCAGAUGACACUGGUUUAGAUCUGCCUCACCAGAUGGCUAAGAUUUACGCUGGGGAGGUUCCAAACUUCAGCGACAAGGAUUCAAGGCCAUACAAGUGGGCACAGCAUUUAGGUGGUAUCGACUUUUUGCCUGAAGUGCCUCCAUCUGCUGGGGAUGAUUCUAGCAGAGCAUUAAGCAGUGCUGAUUUGUCAUCCAGGCUUGCUCUAUAUCGUCAGCAGAACCGUGCACAGGCUAUUUUGCAGAGAAUCCGCUUGCGGAAAGUUGCCCAGAUGGCUCUUAUGUGGCAACUUGAUUAUUUGACAAAGCUGAAGUGGCCUCGAAUAGAACAUAAGAAUGCACCAUGGGCAUCACGCAACCCACUGUGCAGUCUGCAUAGUUGGUCAUUGACAAGUUCUUAUCCUGAGCCAUCGUCUCGUUCUAUUUUGAUGGUAAGUGGGGCUGCAAGCAAUAAUGUUGACAGUGAUGUAGAGAGAUCUGUAACAAACUGGGAAGAAACUGAAGGUACCAGGGAGGAUGGGGAGCUUCCAGUUGUGAUUCCUGCUGAAAAUGAACCAAAUGGUUCUACAAUUUUGCACCCUGAGGUGUCACCUGAGAUUCGGAGCCAUUCUAGAGGCUUAUCCCUGAUAUCAAAGAGUGCAACACCAUCUAAGCUAAGCAUCUCACAGAGUUUUGGUAGAAAUGAGGAUGAUCUUGAUCUCUUGAUGUAUAGUGACAACGAGUUGGAAGACCAGCCCUGCAUUCUUGACGAAACUGAGAAAGCUAGCCCGAUUGUAGACAGGUCCUGGGAGGACUAUGCUUCCAAGGAGUUCACCAUGGUCUUGAGUAAAACUAUGAAGAAAGGUCCAAAAGUCAUGCUAGAAGCCAAGGUUAAGAUAAGUAUGGAGUAUCCUCUUAGACCUCCCCUUUUCAGAUUACGUUUGCUCUCAGAAAAGUCUGAAACUUUAAAGUGGCACAAUGAUCUUCGUGCAAUGGAAGCUGAGGUAAACCUUCACAUCCUUCGAAGCCUACCUCCAUCAUAUGAGGAUUAUAUAUUGACUCACCAAGUUAUGUGCCUGGCUAUGCUGUUUGACAUGCAUUUUGAUGAGGAAUACGAGAAAAGAAAAGUUACUUCAGUGAUCGAUGUUGGUCUCUGCAAACCUGUUAGUGGAACUAUGCUUACUAGAUCGGUUAGGGGAAGAGACCGAAGGCAGACUAUUUAUUGGAGAGGUGCUGAUUGCUCGUCCAGUUACUUGUAGAGUGUGUGAUCUUGACUGGUCUACAUUGAUUGCCCUCUGGAGAAAUCCUUUCCUGGCACUGGAGAACUGCUUGUGUAACAUUAGAGCUGACACAGAUCCUUGGUUAUCACUACUGUCUUGACAACAAUAGCUCGGAAGAUUUCUCUCUGCCCAUACCAACUAGAGAAAUUAUUUGCUGUGUUGAUGGUAAUCACUAUAUACACUUAUUUGCCCCUGUAGGAAAAACUAUAGGUACAGUUAAUCACCACAAGGCUUACUGCAUGAAUUUGUGCUGUUGAGUAUAUUUCAAGAAGCCUUUUCUGCUGGUUCUUAUUUUCGGUUGCAGUUAAAUUUUUGAAGCUUGCAUCAUUCUUUUCCAGCAAACAGCUUCUGCAAUAAGCAGAGCUUGCUGAUCCGGUUGAUGAUGUUGGAGCAUCCUGCUGGUUAACCAAUCUCAGUUAUUGCAAUUGCUUGUGCUUGACCCACAGCUAUGAGGUAAAUGGCUUACGGUAUCGAUUAUUUGUUAAUUCUACAUUUGAGUAAUGCUGUGGGUGUAAUAACUUUUGUUCUUUAAGAAACACUGGAACAGAAAGAUGAGAUUUGUGGCCCACAUGAUGGAUGUAGUCGUUUGAAUGAAAAUCACGUUUUCUAGC